AUGAACUCUUCAGAUGAUUGUCUUGUAAGAGAAUUAGAAAAAGAAGGAAUGAAAUUAAAUUCAAAAAGAAUUUCAUUAUCAAAUAGUAGUAGUUUAGUUAAUACACCAUUAGAUUCUUCACCACCUAUGCAAUCAUAUUUUGAACAACAUCAAACAAAUAUUUUAACAACAUCAAAUAAUAAUAAUAAUAUUUUUAUUCCACAAAUUUCACCAUUUAUAUUAGGAUAUGCACGUGAAGAUAUGUUAAAAGAUGAUGAAUUAGCAAUUAUUCCAAGUUAUUUAAUGCCACUUCACCCAUUUGCAUCUUAUCAAUCAUUAAAUAUUUUAUUACAAUUCUUUAAAGUAUCAACAUUUUAUCCAGAUUCAUUAAAUAAUAAUAAUACCACUACCACUACCACUACCAUUAAUCCAAUAGUUACAUCAUUAAAUGAUUUAAUCGACCAUAAAUUAUUAAUUACAGAGCAAUUAACUAAAGUUAUAAUUGAAUUUAUUAAUCAAAAUAGAAAUACAUUCUCAAAUCUAUCAUUAUCAAUUGAUGAUUUCGUAAUGUUAUUAUUCUUGGUUUCAGAAUAUUAUCAAACUUCAAUCAUUGAACCAUCAUUAACAAAUACCACAAGAUCAAGUUUAAAGAAAUCUUCAAAUUUAAACUUUUCAUCAUCAAAAGUUUCAACUUUAUCUUAUUUUGAAAUCAUUCAAAAUUUAAUAAACAUUUCAACUCCAAUAACAAAUUUUAAUGAAUUUCAAAAUAUAGUUUUAAAUAAUAAUAAUAAUGAUGAUAAUAAUAAUAAUAAUAGUUCAACAUGUAAUUAUUUAGAUUUAAAUUUUGAAUUUAAUAAGAUUAAAUUAGAUUUAGAUGUUGUAUUUAAAUGGAUUAUUACAUUUAUUGGAUUUAAAACAUCAGAGAAUGAACAAUCAGAUAAAAUCUAUAAUAAAUUAGAAUCAUGUUUAUAUAGAUCUUAUAAUUAUAUUAGAGUUGCUUCAAUUGUAAAUGUAACAUUACCAAAUAUUUCUUUUAAAUCAUUCUUACCAUUACCACAUUAUAUAAUUCAAUCAAAUAUUUAUAAACAAAUUAAAACUUUAUUAAAUAAUAAAACAUCACCAAUAUCAAUAUCAACUGAUUCACCAACCACCACCACCACUACUACUACUACCACUACAACGUCAUCAUUAUUAUCAUCACCUAGAAAUCAUUCAAAUUUAUUCCUUUCAUCAUUAGAGAAUGAUGAUGAAUCAUUUAGUGAAUUAGUUGCAGUUUUAAAUACAGCUUUAUUUAAAGAUUCACCAAUUCAAUUAGAAAAUAUUGAAAUCAUUACAAUCUCUGAAUUUAAUAAAAGAAUAAAACAAAAUCAACAAACUGAACAACAACAACAAAGUAGUGUUUUAGCUAAAACAAAACAAAAUAGUUCAAAUAGUUUAUUAAGAUAUUUAAGUAGUAAUAGUUUUGAUGAUUCUCAAUCAUUAAUUGAUGAUUAUCAAUUCGAUUUAUAUAGUAAUGAAGAGUUAUUAUUAUUUUAUGGUUAUACAAUUUUAGAUGAAGAAGAAAUGAGUUCAAUUAAAUUUGAAAUUCAAGUAUUUAAACCAAUUAAUCAAUUAGAACAAUUAUUUACUGAUAAAGAUGAAUUACAAAGAGAAAUUAAAUUAAUGAAAGUUAAAAAAUCAAUUUUAGAUAAUCAUUUAGGUAAACAACAACAACAACAAUUACAAAAACAACAACAACAACAACAACAACAACAAAAGAAUGAAAUAAAUUCAUCAACAUUAAUUCAUAAUAGUACAAGUAGUUUUAAAAAAUCACAAACCAAUAACAAUAAUAACAAUAGUAAUAGUAAUAAUAAUAAUAAUAAUAAAGAAGGUUAUUAUUUAGAUUAUUUAUCACAAGAGAAUAUUUUAGGUAUUAAUUUAUUAGAAUUAACAAGAUUAUCAAAAUUAAGAGAAACUGAAGGUUAUUUUUAUGAAGAUGAUCAAUUAUCAACAAUGAUUAAUUUACGUAAUGAAAUGGAAUCUUUGGUUUAUUUAUCAAAAGAAUUUACAAUGAUUUUAAUUAAAAUCACUAAAAAAUUAAAUCAAAUUUCAAAUACAUUAAAUAUUAAUAAUAAUAAUAAUAAUAAUUUUAAAAUUAAUAAUAAUUUAUUAAAUGAAAUUGAAAAAUAUUAUAAAUUUCAUUUAUCAAUAAUUGAAAGAUCAUUAAUUCAAUUAUCAAAUUUAAAGAAUCAAUUUUCAAAACCAACAAUUAAAUCAGUACCAUUUAUUAAACCUUCAGAUGAAGUUUAUAAAAGAUUUGAAAAUUGGCUGAAAGCAGGUGGUGUUCAAUUCCCAAAGUUACAAAUUGCAAAUUUCACUGAUUCAACUGGUAGAGGUGUUGUUACAACGAAAAAAGUCGAUGAAAAUGAAGCGGUUGUUGUAGUACCAAAGAAAUAUUUAAUCAAUGUUGAUGUGGCUAAAGCUCAUCCAAUUUUAGGUCCAAUCUUUGAAGAACUUCAUUUAAAUGAUGAUACUAUACUAUUCCUAUUUGUGAUCUAUGAAAAAGGGAAUGCAAACUCAUUUUGGAGACCAUUCUAUGACACAUUGCCAUCAUAUUUCACAACAUCGAUUCAUUACUCUGCAACCGAGUUGUUGGAAUUAGAAGGUACCAAUUUGUUUGAAGAGACAUUACAUACUAAACAACAAUUGAAUUCAUUUAGAGAUUAUUUAUUCCCAGAGUUAUCAAAACAAUAUCCUGAUAUUUUCCCAGAGUCACAAUUCUCUUGGGAGAAUUUCUUAUGGGCACGUUCUUUAUUGGAUAGUAGAGCUAUUCAAUUAAAAAUUGAUGGUUCAAUUAAAAGUUGUUUAGUACCAAUGGCUGAUAUGAUUAAUCAUCAUACAAAUGCUCAAAUCUCUGAAAGAUUCUUUGAUCAUGAUAGUCAAUCUUUUAAAAUGAUCUCCUCAUGUAAUAUUCCUGCAAAUAAUCAAAUAUUUUUACAUUAUGGUGCACUUCAAAAUUGGGAAUUAGCACUUUAUUAUGGUUUCAUUAUACCAAAUAAUAUUUAUGAUAGUCUUCAUAUUGGUUAUGAAUUAGAAGAAGAUCAAGAAGAAGAAGAUGAAGAAAAAGAAAAAGAAGAACAAGAAGAGGAAUAUGAUGAAAUUAAACAAUAUGAUGAAAAUGGUGAAGAAAUUUUAAGUAAAAGAGAGAAAAAACAAUUAAAAGAUGCAAAAGAUAGAUUAUUAGAAAAAAAUAAUUUAGUUGCAGAUUCUCAUUUCCUUAGAAAAGAUAGAAUACCUUCAAAGAAUUUCGCAUGUUUACGUGUAAUCCUUUUAACUCAAAAAGAAUUUAAUCCAUUCAUUGAUAUUUGGAAUCCAAUUAAUCUAAGAAAUGAAUCAACAGUAUUACAAACUUUAUAUCAAUUAGGUUUAUCACUUUUAAAAAAUUUCUCUUCAACUUUUAUUGAAGAUCAACAUUUAUUAGAUUCAAUGAAUAAUAAUAGUAGUAGUAAUAGUAAUAGUAAUAGUAAUAAUAAUAAUAAUAAUAAUAAUAAUAAUAAUAAUAAUAAUAAUAAUAAUAAUGAAGGUGGUGAAAAUAACAAUGAAAAUGAUAUUGAUAAUUUAUCAUUAGAUAAUAAUAAUAAUAAUACCGAAAAUAAUAGUAAUAAAGAUUUUAAUAAUACUAGUAAUAAUGAACAAAAGAAAAAGAAACAAAGAAAUGAUAGUUGUAGUGGUAAUGAUAAUGAUAAUAAUAAAAAUAAUACUAAUGAUAGUGAUGAUGAAAAUGAUAAUUCAUCAAAUAGUGAAAUUGAUCUUCAAUCAUCAGAACAAAUGAAAAUGGUAUUACAAUAUAGAAUUGAACAAAAACAAAUUUUAGUUUCAACAAUAGAAAAGGUUGUACAAUUAAUGAGUGAUGUUGGUAUUGAACCACCUCAAUCACCAGAAUCAACUUUUACUGAUUAUGAAAAUGAUCAAGAUGAUUUCGAUAAUCAACCAUUUGAAGAACAAUCUUCAUCUUCUGAAGAAUAUUUUAGCGAUACAAAUGAUGAUGAAACUAAUUAA